UUUGAGGAAGACUGCGAAUGAGAGUUGGUGGUGGAAGUUUGAUUUGUGAAUCUGGAAGGGAUAUUUAGAAAGUAGGGGAAUGAAUGACAAAUAGAGAUCGGAAUGUUUUGAGCUGUCGAGAAGUGAAGUCGAGUAGUAGACGGUAGUGUUCGAGGAGUGAGAAAGCCGGUGUAGUUCCGUGAGUGUGGAGUAUCUAUCGUGGAACGAGAAGUAGGCCAGGUCGAGAGUAAAAGAACCUCCUUGAGCCCAGAGUGUCCCGGUAGCUGAUAGCAGUUUCGAAAAAGGUAGAACACAGCAUCACGACAAAAGCAGGAACGAGAGCUAUUCGAGCUAGUUUUUCAAAGGAGAACAUCACUGGAAGCCAGGACGAGGUUUGAUCGCAGCCAAGGAUAGCAGGAAACGGGUCUUGUGUGAGGACAUUUUCAGUUCACCAGGAAAAGGUCAGUCUCAUUUGUUUGGACAUGAAUGUAUGGGUUUUUCGUAUUAAAUUCCACAUAAAAAAUUGAAUAACAUAAUCAAUAAUAUCAGAAAAGCUUCAUCAAACUUAAAUAGAGUUGUUCCUAAUAACUCCUAAUAGUUAAAUGUUAAUAAAAACUUUCAAUUGAAAACCAAAAGGAAAUAAGAUUCCCAUUUGUAAAUGUUAUGUUUAAGAAUAAUAAGAAAUAGCAAAUAUUAAGCAUUGAUUGCCUUUUAAAUAAAAUAAAAAAUAUUUUGAUUAUAAUUGUAACCCAUAUGUGUAUUUUUUUUACUCUUUUCUUUUCUAUCCCGAUUAGGAACCAUUAAGAAAUAUUUAGAAGCCACGCAAGUAAGUAAUUAAUUUAUAAUUCGCCCUGAGAUUGAAAACAUAUUGAUAUGUGAUCUGGUUAAUUAAUUAGAUUAGUAUUAAUACAUUGAUUAAAUUAAGUGACAUAUAAGAAUAUUAUCUCAUAUCAAUAAUCAAGAUCACAUCAACUGGCGCCCAACGUGGGGCAUUGUAAAGUAUUUCUAGUGGCAAAUUUGAAGGAUAGAAAGAGUAAAGCCGGUAUUUGAAAAUUUAUAUGCCUGUGGUAAAAAGUGAGAUACUUACAUUUGAUAACAUAAAAUUUUAGAUCUCUUUAGGUACAAAUUUUACAUAACUGAUUUAAUAUUUUAUUUUUACGAUAUUUACAUUUGAUAUAUUUAUUGACAAUUUAUAAUAUUUGGGUAAAAAAAAAAGUCGUAUUGGUAACAUACUAGUAAAAUUUCAUAUUUGGCGGGGAUAAUAUUUCUUGAAAACAAAUGUCUGUGACAAGAAGCCAAAGCAAGGAUAACAAAAAACAAAAAGAACAUUCAGACCAAGAAGAUAUUUUAGACACGACAAUCAUGGCAUCAGAACAGCAAGAAUUAUCAGGAAUAGAUAAAUUAUUACAAAUGAUGCAACUCCAGUCACAAAGAAUGGAACAGAAAAUGGAUGAAACACAACAAAAACUGGAUGACAAUCAAAGAGAAACAAAACAAACAAUGGAGAAAAAUCAGGAAGAAACAUCAAAGAAAAUGGAUAAAGUGGAUCAAAAAAUGGAGGAAACACAACGAAAAAUGGAUGAAACACAACAAAAAUUGGAUCAAAAAAUGGAUGAAACAAAAAGAAUAAUGCAAGAAAAUCAGAAGGAAACAAAACAAGCCAUAGAAGAGAACAACAAGAAAAUGGAGGAACGCAUAGAAAAGUAUGAAAUGAAAAUUCAAGAUAAAAUAAAGGAGUUAACGAAUGGCCAGAAAAAGGAACUAGAAAAUUUGGAAAAUAAGUUGGAAAAUGCUAUUCAAGUAGACAGAGAAGAAGUGGAAAAAAGAAUCACAGAAAUAGAAAAACAAGUCACCGAAAACCGGACGCAACAAAAUGUCGGAGAAAGAAGAGAAAUGGUUAUACAUAGCACAGAUGACGUGAAGAUAAGGUUUGGCGGGGAUGUAAGAAGAUUACACCCAGUGCCGUUCAUAAAUAGCCUGAAAAAGAAAAUACAGCACAUCGGAAAUUUCGAAACAGCAAAAGAAACUAUCAGAAACCAUCUCAAAAAUGAAGCAAGCCUAUGGUUCGAUUGCAAAGAAGAAGAAUUUGACAGUUGGCAACAAUUUGAACAAAAAUUUUUGAAUUAUUUCUGGGGAAAAGUCCAACAAUUGGAAAUUAACAAGGAAUUGCAAAAUGGGAAAUACAAUGAUAGGAUUGGUAUAUCAGAAAGGACAUAUGCAUUACAAAUUUACUAUAACGCAAAACAUUUACAAUAUAAUUACUCAUCGGAACAAUUAGUCGAACUGAUUGCAAGACAUUUCGAAGAAACGCUGGAAGACCAUAUCACAUUGACGAGUAUUAUACUCAUUAUUUCUGAGUAG